AUGGGUGCCACGUCCCCGGUAUCAGAGUCGCCCUUGACAGUCGGUGCCAUGAGCAAAAGAGGCUCAGGUCUCGGCUGGCUGUCUAACAAGGGCAUCGUCCAGCUCAACAUGAUGUUGGUCCUGUUUCAGGUGUCCAGCUUUGCAACGGGAUACGAUGGCUCUAUGAUGAAUGGACUUCAAUCUCUUACUUCCUGGAAAGAAUCUUUCAACAAUCCUGGCGCUUCUGAACUAGGACUAUUGAACGCGAUACAAAAUGUGGGCCAAUUGAUUACAAUGCCCAUCUGUGCUUACAGCUGCGACAAAUUCGGUCGACGUCCCGUGCUUUUUGCUGGGGCAUGCAUCCUCGUUAUCGGAGUAGCCCUUCAAGCUGCAGCACAGAAUGUGGGCAUGUUCAUUGCUGCGCGCGGGAUCAUUGGUAUGGGAUUGGUUUUGAACAUCACGGCUGCGCCUCUCCUUCUCUUGGAACUAGCUUUUCCUCGGCAACAAGGUCCUCAAGUGGCCAUUUACAACAGUCUCUGGAACCUCGGUGCCUUGGUCGCAGCUUGGAUCACAUUCGGCUCCUUCCGAAUUCCGAGCACGUGGGCAUGGCGUCUCCCACCUUUGCUCCAAGGUCUGUCGAGCGUCAUUCAAUUGGGCUUCUGCUUCUUGAUCGAAGAGUCACCGCGCUGGCUUCUCAGCAAGGAAAGAGACGAAGAGGCGCGAAAAUUGAUCUGCAAGUACCAUGCAAACGGCGACGACUCGGAUCCUCUCGUCACUCUGGAAAUGGAGGAGAUCCGCACUGCUCUUCGACUCGAACUGGAAGCACGACGUAAUACAUCCUACUUGACUUUCUUCCAAACCAAGGCCAACAUCCGACGGUUCAUGAUCAUCAUCUCCGUGGGAUUCUUCUCACAAUGGAGCGGCAAUGGACUCAUUUCCUAUUAUCUGACGCUCAUCCUCGACUCCAUCGGCUAUACUGCCGAAAGCACACAGACAUUGAUCAACGCUCUCCUGACCCUGUGGGGCAUGAUCUGGAGUCUUGUCUUUGCCUCUGUCAUGAACCGCUUCGGACGUCGCACUUUGUUCCUCAUCUCAACGGCAGGCUGUCUGGCCGUCUACGUCGUUUGGACUGCCCUGGAGGCUACAUACGAGAUUCAGACCUCGCUGAACGGCACUGGAGGCGAUGGGUAUGCCAAGGGAGUCUUGGCCAUGAUCUUUCUGUACACAUUCUUCUUCUCGGUCGGAUGGACUCCGCUGCAGGUGACGUACUGCAUCGAGAUCCUCCCGUUCGAUCUACGCGCCCGCGGUCUGGUGCUGUACAAUCUCUGCGUUGCGAUCGCCGGGAUUUUCAACCAGUACGUCAACCCGAUUGGGGUCACGAACAGCAAGUGGAAAUACUACAUCACGUACGACGUGUGGCUGGCCUUUGAAUUGGUGGUGGUUUAUUUCCUCUUUGUGGAGACCGGUAAUCUGAGUCUUGAAGAAAGUGCCGUUAUCAUGGAUGGAGAGGAAUACGAGAACAAACUCAUCGAGGCCACAGCAUCUAUGGCGGAGAAAAAGCUUGGUACUGAUCAAAUGAUCACGGUCACAGUUCAGACAGAUGGAACUCCGGCGAAGUAG